AUGCCUGGCAAUCUUUUAGUGAGAUUUGAACUCGAGAUCCUCCAAUACCUCCUGUGGUGUCAAAAUCUGAGAUUGCUUGACUGGAAUGAUGUAACAAUCAUCGGUUCUUUGCCCCAAUUAGAAGCUCUCAAAAUAAUCAAUUCCGUCAAGGGACAGAAGUGGAGUCCGGUUAACGGGGAGUUUCUCCGCCUUAGAUUCUUGAGCAUUGUCAAAUGUGAUCUGAGAUGUUGGGAUGCAGACGGCUCCCAUUUCCCAGUUUUGAAGAAGCUUAGGCUUAAGGGAUUGAAACACUUGGAAGAGAUCCCUUUAGAUAUUGGACAAAUUCCGACACUUGAAGUUAUCAGUGUGGAUGGAUGCAGUGAGUCUGCUCAAAUUUCAGCAAUGAAAAUAAAGGAAGAACAAGAGAGUCUAGGAAAUGAGGGCCUUCUAAUGAUGAGCCAUCCUCACCUUUCAACUGUAUUCGACAAGAAACUGAUUGAAUCCCUUGGGGAAAAGGCUGUUGGCUUGCUUGACUUGAUAACCAACACUAAUAUUGAUGGAGGUAGCAGAGAAGCAUCAGAUCUGGAGAGACAAAUCGGAUCUGCAGCUCACGGAGCUGAAGAUGUGAUUGAAUCACACAUUGUCGAUCAAAUUCAUGCUGGAUCCAGUCAUGGAUGCUCGAUGUUGGAUCUGCAACAAAUAAUUGAAGAAAUGGAUCGUAUCAUGAGAAAGGGUGCUGAGCUCAAGGAGAAAUGGCUAGCGAGAGAGGAGCAAGCUACACAUGGUGAUGUGGAUGCUGUGGAGGAGAAACAACCUCUCACCACCACUGGCAAGGCUUCUCCGGUGGGACUAGAAGACGAUGUGAUCCACAUCAUGGAGAAGCUCACCAUACAUCAACCCGACAGCACAUCAUCUCGAUUGCGGGGAUGGGCGGCACGGAUACACUUUGACAUUCGUGCUUGGGCUACUGUAUCUCAACAAUACAGUGCACACGAAAUCUUUUCAAAACUUCUCUCUAGCAUAGGGCAAAGUGGAAGUGAAAAUGAUUUAGGGCUACAGUUGCAUCAGACUUUAUGUGGUAGAAGAUAUUUGAUUGUAUUAGAUGACAUAUGGAGUGUCAAAGCUUGGGAUGAGGUGAGGCGUUGCUUUCCUGAUAAUGGGAAUGGAAGUCGGAUCGUUUUAACUACUAGGUUGUCUGAUGUGGCUAGUGGUUGUGGCUCUACUUCUUGCUUCACCAUGAAACAUUUAGAUGAGGAUCAAAGUUGGGUGUUAUUUUGCAGAAGAUCUUUCCAGCAAGAACAUUGCCCUUAUCCUCAACUAGAAAGUGUGGGAAAUGAGAUUGUUAGAUUGUGCAGAGGACUACCCUUGUCAAUUGUUGUGAUUGGAGGGUUUCUUCUCAAAUCACCUAAGACUGUAGGAUUCUGGGAGGAUGUUGCCGAGAUCUUAGAUGUGUUAUCUCUGAGCUAUAGUCACUUGCCCCCCCAUCUGAAACCAUGUUUUCUUUACAUGGGGAUUUUCCGGGAGGACCGUGAGAUUCGUGCAUCACGAAUCAUCAAACUUUGGGUUGCUGAAGGAUUUAUCAAACCGAAGAGAGCCCAAAUCUUAGAAGAGAUUGCAGAGGGGUACUUGAAUGACUUAGUCGACAGGAAUCUUGUUCUUGUUGGCAGACAUCGAUAUAAUGGGAAGAUUAGGUCUUGUCGACUUCACGAUCUGAUAAGAGAUCUGUGCUUGAAAGUAUCUGAGAAAGGCAAGUUCUUCUAUGCCAAGAGGGCACUCGACAACAUGACUGAGGAGUGUCGCUUCGUAUGUCAUGACUUCAUCGAGAGUGAAGAUGUUCAUGAGAUGUCUGAUGGUCUGAAGUCAGCGCAGCUUCUUCGUUCUUUGACUAUGGCUAGCGACUGUUCCGUGGAAGAUAUAAUGCAGAACUUGAACUUGCGGUGCCUUACUUUCCAAUUGGAACCUGCAAACAUUGACAAGUGA